GAACAUUCCAUACAAAGCCAUUCACAACGUUUUAUUCUUUAAGUGACAAAGAACAGAGCCACCACCAUCCAUGGCUGAACCACCGAGUUCAGAAGCUGAAAUCAGUACUGCCAACUCUCCACCAUUUUCACCAACUCGAUCUUCAUCUGAGUCAACUCAGUCCCUGCACAUUAACUCGGUCCCAAACCCAAGUAACCAAACAGUAAAGCACAACUCAGAAAAGAAGAGACCCUCCAAGAGAACAAGAAAAAGAACAAGAGAUUGUAGUGAUAAACACCCAGUUUACAGAGGGGUUCGUAUGCGAAGUUGGGGAAAAUGGGUGUCCGAAAUUCGCGUGCCUCGCAAGAAAUCACGCAUAUGGCUUGGCACUUACGCCACUCCUGAGAUGGCCGCUAGAGCCCACGACGUGGCGGAGCUGAGCAUUAAAGGUAACUCAGCGGUUCUCAAUUUCCCUGAACUCAGUGAGUCCUUGCCUCGUCCGGCUUCACAUUCGCCGCGUGACGUACAAGCUGCAGCGGCGAAAGCGGCUGCAAUGGAGGAGCUCAGUUCACUGAUUUCGUCGUCCUCGGCUAUGUCAACAACCGCGUCUGAUGAGCUGGGUGAGAUAAUAGAGUUACCGAGUUUAGGAGGGGGUUAUGACUCUCCUGAGUCACGUACCGAGUUGACACUGGUGGACUCGGUUGAUGGGUGGCUGUACCCGCCGUGGUGGGUGUCGGAAAGUGACUUUUGCGGGUGUUUUUCUGAUCAGAUUCCGGCGAAAAGUUUGAUGAUUCCAAGCAACUUUGAGACACUAACAUGGGAUUGAUGCUGAGAAUUAACUAGGGUGCUUUUGUGCUUUUAAGUUAUAGCAAAUGGUCAUCUCUAUAUAUGUUUGCUGUAUAUACUCAGGUUCAUGUGUUC